UGGACUGUGAUCUCGCCAUGUUCAUCCAUUGUAAACUGGCAAUACUGAUACUUGUGCUAUCUCUUGAUAGCCAAGUUCAUACAGGGAAAAUUAUUGGAGGCCAUGAGGCUGUGCCACAUAGCAGGCCAUACAUGGUGCUUGUGAAGCAGCACACAACUGAUGGUAAACCAAAGUACUGUGGUGGCUUCCUUCUGAAUGAGGACUUUGUGAUGUCUGCAGCCCACUGCCAAGCCAAGCACAUCUUUGUCUAUAUAGGAGCACACCGCUCUCCGAUCGAGAACAUACAACCUAUACCUGUGGACCAAACAUUUCCACAUAAGGCUUUCAAUGCAACCUCUUAUAAAAAUGACAUAAUGCUUCUUAAGUUGAGCUCCAAGGCACAUUUCAACAAAAACGUGAGACCCAUUGCUCUCGGAGACCACAGUGGUUUGCCAAAAGCAUGUAUUGUCUCUGGCUGGGGCAGGGAUAAUACUUCAGAAUUUAUGUCUGUCGUGCUCAAGGAAGUCAAUGUAACGCUCAUUGAUGAUAUCCGGUGCUCUAUGGAGAACAACUACUGCUCUAAGGGAGAGACUGGACCAGCUGAGGGAGACUAUGGUGGUCCAUUGGUCUGCGAAGAUGGAAAGGCAUAUGGGGUAGUGUCAAACUCAUUAAAACCACACUCAGGUGCCCCGCCAAUACAUUUUUAUUCUAAGAUCUCUCACUACAAAAGCUGGGUCACUUCGACCAUAAGAAAUGCGUGGAAAAGCUCUAAGUACGUAACGCUUGAUUUGGAUUAACAGUAUUUCAGUUUAUUUGUAAAACAUUGCAGAUCUUGAGAUUAUAAUUGCUAAUAUUGCCACUGAUUCCAUAUCAGUGGGGCCAUGAGACAAAAGUCUGGACUUGCUUGCUUUACACAGAUUAAAUCAAAACAUGCCUACGUUUGAUGAUGUCAAAUUAUGUAUGCCAUAAAAUUAACAUUUUUUGCAUAGAUUCAACACUGUUUAAUAGCUGUAAUAUCAACUGAAUGCUCUGUAGAAACUGUGUUGUGCUGUACUUGAAAACAACAUUGUAUGUAUUAAAGACAACAUUGCUUUGUGCAGCUUCUUUCUAACUUGAUCAAAUGUACCAUUAUACAUCAAACAAUAAACUGUUGCUCUUUCACAGUGUAUGCAUAUGAAUAAAAUUUAAA